AAUUAAACAGAUAAUUAAUUAAUUGAAUAAAUAAAUUAAGAAAAUAGCGAACACCUACCCACAUGUCGACCUCGUGGCUAUAUACAAGUACACAAAGACAAAGCAGCAACCACAAAGACAAAGCUAAGCUCAUUCAGAUUAAAUUCACUUCAGACAUUUGAUAGCUACCAUCUUACUCAUUUCAAAAGGGGUACCCUGAGAUCACAAAGGAUAUACAAAACUAUGGCCAAGGGAGUUGCAGUUUUGAACAGCAGUGAGGGUGUUAAGGGGACUAUCUUCUUCACCCAGGAAGGAGAUGGUGCCACAACUGUGACUGGAACUGUUUCUGGUCUUAAACCUGGUCCCCAUGGUUUCCAUGUCCAUGCUCUUGGUGACACCACCAACGGUUGCAUGUCUACCGGUCCACAUUUCAACCCUGAUGGUAAAACCCACGGUGCACCCGAGGAUGCUAAUCGUCAUGCUGGAGAUCUAGGAAACAUCAUUGUUGGGGAUGAUGGAACUGCCACCUUCACAAUCACUGACAGCCAGAUUCCUCUUACUGGACCAAACUCUAUUGUAGGAAGGGCUGUUGUUGUCCAUGCAGAACGUGAUGACCUUGGAAAGGGAGGCCAUGAACUCAGCUUGUCUACUGGAAAUGCAGGAGGCCGUGUUGCUUGUGGUAUUAUUGGUCUUCAGGGCUAAGCUGAAGCUGUUACUUUUCGAGGAAGAGAGAGAGAGAGAGAGAUGGAAUAAGGAGGUCGUACAUGACCUGGCUACUUUGUGUUUGUUGUUGUGUGGCUAUAUUCAUCGAGCUUAGUGGCUCAAUGCAUUUGGUUUAAGACAAAAAAAAAACAGAGAAAACCUUUUUCUAUUUCAUGAAUAACAGAGAUGGUUGAAAACAAUAAAUAUUGAAUAUGACAGUAUGUGGAUUAUAUGCAAAUCUGUGAAUUACA